UGCUGGGAGCAGAGAGGGACGGGCCCGGAGCGAGCGCCAUGGCGGCGGCAGGAGCGGGCUCCUCGACGGGCGACACCGCGCGCGGCGGCGAGCAGGCAGCGGCGUUCGAGACCCCCGUCUUCGUGGCAAGGACCCCCUGCGCCUUUUCUCCUCGGGAGCGGCGCUUCCUCGCGCUCUCUGGGCCUGACGGGCGGCUCCGCGUGUGGGAGACGGCCAGCAGCCGCCUGCACCACGAGUACGUGCCCUCUGCCCACCUCAGCGCUGCCUGCACCUGCUUGGCCUGGGCGCCGCCGGGCGCCGGAGGAGGCCGGCCUUCUCCCAGCAAGGAAGGCCCUCAGAGAAAAAAGAGGAAAUCUGAAGCUGUUGAAGCAGGUGAACAGUUAGAUCUUUUGGCUAUUGGUACAGCAGUUGGCAGCAUUUUAUUAUACAGCACAAUAAGAGGAGAGUUACAGAGCAAACUAAGUGGCCAUGACGGUAAAGUAAACUGUGUACGGUGGCACCAGGACAACGGUUGCUUAUAUAGCUGUUCAGAUGACAAACACAUUGUGGAAUGGAACACCCAGACAUGCAAAGUGAAAUGCAAAUGGAAAGGGGAUAACAGCAGUGUGAGCUCCCUGUGCAUCAGUCCUGAUGGAAAGAUGCUUCUUUCAGCUGGUCGAUCUAUCAAAUUGUGGGACCUAGAGACCAAAGAAGUCUACAGACAUUUCACGGGACAUGCUACAGCAGUUUCUAUGCUUAUGUUCAUCACAGUACGACCUUCCAAUGAAAACCAGCCCUUUGAUGGAAUUACAGGGCUCUAUUUCUUAUCUGGAGCAAUGCAUGACCGGUUGCUCAGUGUGUGGCAGGUGAGAUCAGACAGGAAAGAAAAGAAUGCUGUAAUGAGUUUCACAGUUCCAGAUGAACCCAUCCAUGUUGACCUGACGGUAUCAGAAAGCAAAGAGGAGCCAGUGAAGCUAGCAGUUGUAUGCAGAGAUGGCCAGUUGCACUUGUUUGAACAAGUCUUGAAUGGGUACUGCAAAAAGCCGUUGACAUCAAAGUGUACAAUCCAGAUAGCAACACCUGGAGAGGGCCACGAAUCCACACCCACGCCUGUCCCUGUUUUAGCAGCUGCAUUUUGUUCAGAUAAAGAAUCUUUGCUACUUGUAUAUGGAAACUCCUUACAGCCUGUCCUUGAGAGAGUGGCUCUGAAUACUACAGAAUCGCAUGUGUGCUUAGUAAGGGACAUUCAGAAGACCCUGACACUUAAAACAGAAAUGGUGGUAACAAAGGUGAAAACUCCUGUAGUCAAUUCAGAAGUCAAAACACUAGUGCCUGGGAUUCCUGGACAUAGUGCAGCUAUCAAAACUUCAUCUCGCAAAGAGAAAAUUGAAACUAAAAGGAAGCCGGGUGGCCAAGAGGAGAGCAUUGAGGACCGCCUUGGCGCAAUGGAUAUUGAUGUGAUGAAAACGAAACCAUCACCAGGAGGCCUUCCACAGACUGACAAUUUUGCAGUGCUUCUGGUUCAAGGUCUGGAAAGCAAUGAUCCUGAAAUUUUAAAUAAAGUGCUGCAAACCAAAAAAGAGGCAAUAAUAAAGAAAACAGUAGCCAGAAUACCUGUGUAUGCUGUCAUUCCACUGCUGCAUGAACUCACAAAAAGGCUUCAAGGUCAUCCAUACAGUGCAUCCCAAAUGGUUCGAUGGCUAAAGUCUGUUUUAACUAUACACGCAUCCUACCUUUCAACAUUGCCAGAUCUGGUCCCCCAGCUGGGAAUGCUAUAUCAGUUAAUGGAGAGCAGAGUGAAGACGUUGCAGAAACUCUCUCGUUUGCAUGGGAAACUCUAUCUUAUUAUAACCCAGGUUGCUGCGUUGGAACAGGCUCAAGAUGUACCUGAUGUUGAUCAGACAGCAAAGCUGGUGUAUGAAGAAGAAUCAUCAGAAGAAGGUUCAGAUGAUGAAAUGGCUGCAGAAAGAGAUUCAGAUGAGAACUGGGAUGAAGAUGAUGAAAACGAAGAGGAGGAGGAGAAUGAAGAGAAAGACGAUCUAUCAGAUGAUGAGCAAGAGAUGGCUGUAGAAAAAGAAAUCAAUGGAGAAUCAGAUUUGGACCCAGAAAAUGAAAGUGAAGAAGAAUAACACACACUUUAAAAGAAAUUAAACCUGCUGGAGCUGGCCAUUAACACUUUCUAACUUCUGGAUUGCCAUGCUGAAAGGCACGCACACCACACAAGGGAGUGCAGAUUUGAUAUCUGGCCAGUGUGUGUGGCACGAGAUUGGACAAGGCAUCUCCAAGCCCAGAAUGUGUAACAAGACCAGACUGCAUUUUUUUCUCCAUCCUGUUCUUCCUGGUACACAAUGAAACACUUCUACAUAGAGGAAAAAAAUCUCUGUCUUACCUGGACAUUCGUUUCGCAUUUCAACUGAAAUAGCUUGCCAAGGCCCUUUGAAACUUGUUGAAGCUUUAUUUUAUGAGUUCCAAAUUGUGAUGGAUUGAAGACUGUAUCUUCUUACUUUAGUUAAGUGCUUUUCCAGUUGACAUCUUGCUACAUUUUUUGGAAGAGAAUAUUUUUGUAAGAUGUAAAACCUUCCUGUUGAAUUUCUUAAUAGUUCUUCCUCUUCCCUCUCUGCAAGCAUCCAUUUCCCCAUAACAGAAUUCAUGGCUUGGCAGUGAUACAAUGCCAACCAAAUUGAGAACAGCAUUUUCUUUUUAAAACCAAACUGACUUUUUAUAUAUGUGUGUGUAAAUCAGUCACUUUUCUUGUACCUAAAAAAGAAAAAAUAGACUCAUUGGUGGCUCCUAACUUUUUUGUUUUAAUUGAGCUUGUAUAUAAGUUUAAUGCUGGCCUCCAGAGCGAGGGUCCUAAACAUGCUUAUCUCUGGGAAAGCAUGGAUUUAAAAAAAUAAUGAAAAAUGGAGGGCAACUGCUUGUGAAUAAUGUAACACAGCGUAUACAUUUAUUGUGAAUUUUUAAACUUAGGGGCAGAACAGAGAGUUGCUAUUAGCUUAGUUAAGCUGAAUUGGUAUAAACAAUUUUUAAGUGCAAGAUUGGGUAAGUUUUGAGCCAUUCACCAGUAUAAUGUACAGUUAUAUUUGUCUAUAAUUGGAGCUGUUGCAACCAAAUACUGCCCUCCUUUGUAAAGUGAAUAAAUAUACAUUGCCUUUACCAAGUA